UCAGGUUGAAAAGCAGCCUGUGCUGUGCUUACCCUCAAAGGAGCACACCAACACUCACAGCGACACGAUCAUAGUGUGUGUACACCCUCCUGCAGCCUGCACUCCAAACCUACAGAUAAGACGACUGAGAUGAAUCCUGAAGGUGUUCCACUGCAGGGAAGAGGAUAUGAAGGAUAUCCAGGAUAUCCAGGAUAUCCAGGACAGCCUGGAUAUCCAGGACAGCCUGGAUAUCCAGGACAGCCUGGAUAUCCAGGACAGCCUACAGUGCUUCAGUCCACCACUGUGAACAUCGUCACUGAGCCCCCCAAAGACUACAUCAUCUGGUCCCUCUUCUCCUUCGUCUACUCAAACCCUUUCUGCCUCGGACUGGUGGCUCUCAUCUACUCCAUCAAGUCCAGAGAUCGGAAGAUGGUUGGUGAUCUGGAGGGGCUCGACAUUAUGGAGGAACCGCCCGACCUUCAACAUUAUAUCUUCUGUUUU